CUCUGAUGACCAACGUCAUGCGCAAUUCGUAGACUCCAUAACAGGGUCGUCGCCGUGACAGAUGGUGCUCCGCUCCUGCCCUCCACUGCGCGCUGCGACCUGCGGUUGGCUGGUCCCACGCACCAGUCUCAAGCGCGGGUGGUCAGGCACUUAGUAAAGUCGUGGGGUGUCUUCUCUAGCCCGUCAGAGCAGGUCAGCCCGCGUUCGCAUAGCCCUCCAUGCCCUCUUAGGCUGUACAGGGUUUGUUCUGGCCUGCGUGAAGAAUCGCUGCAGUCGUCCAAACACUCUCCAAGAGCAGCGCCCCAAGGUACCGCUGCGCUCUCGAGGAGGAGCGCGUCUAGCGUCUUCACUUCGCUUGCGAUUCCACCCGGCGCGGACAGCAGCCCCACCAGCGACGGCGAAGAAAUUGCUCGCGCGUCGUGAAUCGAGACGCUUCCCACCUGCCCACUUGCUGCUCUUCUCCGGCAGUGGCUCGGCGAACGCAAUGGACGGUGCAAAUGCGCAAUCGUGGCAGGGCAUGGACGCCGCGGGCGAUCAGGACUUCGGCAAUCUGAUUGACUUCAACCACUUUGAAGACCUCGACUUGCCAGACUUCAACAACAUCGCCUUCAGCCAUGGCGGGCCGCAGAAUGGCACCAUGGCCGACGCGCUCGACCACCACCUCGACCACCAGUUCCCCCCGCAAAUUUCCCAGAAUCAUGGGGACGGCGCAAACGGCACGCAGCAGGCGCAUGGAGCCAUGGGGACCCACAGCGUGCCCCAGUCGAACGUGAAUGCCAACUUCUUCGACUAUGGCAUGUCGCAGUUCACCCAUGCUGGCACACCUGUCUUCUCGCAGCCGCCCGAACAGGCCUAUCGUCCGCACCAUGGCGUCCCUCCCACGCCUAACAGUGUGGAGAUGCACGGCGACCCGCACCGCUACGUGCAGCAGAUGGACCAGCAGGCUGCCUACGACCAGAGGUACCACAUGCGCAAAGACGAUGCCUCAUUUACCCCACUAGUCUCCCCAGCAGUCACCCCUCACGACUUACGGUUCCAAAUACCCGACUUCACCGUACCGGGUGCCUACUUCAGCCCCCUCACGUCGCCCGCACUCAAUGCGCAGGCCCACCAACAUGCGCAGUCGCAGCUACACUCGCAGGCCUCGACCUCGGUUAGCUCAACAGGGCACUCGCCCAUUGACGUCGACAUGGAUUUGCUGGGCGAGCCUGCCAUGACCCAGCCAUCUGAGCAGAGGAGGAGCCUACGGACGAAGAGGACUGCACCCAGAGCGGCCCCUGCAAAUCGCAUACGGCAGUCGCCCAUUGUGAGACCCGGCAGACGGAAACCUACAGUCUCGAUGCAGCUCCCGCCCAAGGAGGUCAGCGAGCUCAUGCAAGAGGCACGCAAUGGGCUCGAUGUCCCGCGCAGCCGUGAUUACUCGGAAACCGACUCUAUUUCUCCUGAACCCAUGCUCUCAGAUAUGCGACCACCUCCGCUCCCAGGGUCUGUCAAGAACUCGCCAGCUCUGAUUGCGCAGAAUUGUCAAGGAGCCGCACCUGCCACACCUGCCACACCUGCUUCCCUGAUGCGUAUACAUCCCUCGCCACAAUUCGAUAUCUUGAUGAAUGCACCACCUAUGCUGGAGGAUCUCGCUCUGCCUGAAGCAUCACUGGAGUCAAGGCCAUCAUUAUCCAGGAUAGACACAGCCUUUCGCGAUGCAGAUCAUGACACACCACGUAUGUCUGCGCGUAAGACCCCUAAAAUGGGUCCACUCAGCACCCCUGGCGCAGCCAUGUCGAAUAAGCCAAGCCCCAUGCUUGACGCCAUGUCAACACCCACGAGCCCGGCAUUUUCAAUGAUCUCUGGGAAAAAGGUAGAGGCAAAGGGUCGCAACUUGAAGAAGAGGGGUAGCGUCAGUUCAAGUCUGGUCAGUCCAGCGUUGAGGCCGAAGAUAUCACCGAGCAUCAGGCCUAUGAUCGCAGCUGGGGAGUCGGGCACCUCGGACAACACUCAUGCCCUUCUUCUGGCCUCGAAAUCUAACUAUCAGAACAUCCUUGACGGCACCACAGUACCGGGUGUCUCUUACCCGGCAUCCCUCUCAACAAACCUUACUUCGAAACGCACUUCUCACAAAAUCGCUGAACAAGGCCGCCGAAACCGGAUCAAUACUGCUCUCCAGGAGAUGCAAGACCUUCUCCCUCCCGGCUCGCAAGCGGCCUUACCGGAUGCCAAGAGUCCUGAGACCGCUGCCCAAUCAAACAACUCCAAAGCCGCGAAGGUGGAGAGUGCCAUCGAGUACAUCAAGCACCUCAAGGGCGAGGUGUCGGCGAAAGACAGAAUGCUUGAGCAGAAAGAUGCUGAGAUGGAGUCAUUGAGGAAGCAGUUGGCUCAGUUGCGACGGGGCAGCUCGGUGGGUGUCAGCUCAAACGACAGCCCUGUGGAGUCUGCCGUUGGCAGUACUGCGGAACUGAAGAUGGAACCGGCUGCCACACCCGCAGCUUCUGAUGAGACUUGAAAAAGAAGGAGGAAUCAGGCAUUAUCAUCCUACUACCGGUCUUGAACCGCGGCCAUAUACCCGGCACCGGGGCCCAGCUCCUGUUUCAACACUGCUCGCACCUGCAGCACGAGAUGAAAGAAUCACAAGCGUCGAUCUGUUUGCUUGUCGCAUACCGCAUGCUUCAUCAGUUUCAUGCUCAUACACAGACUCAGUGCAAGCCACUCGGAAGCCUUGCACAGGCAGGAUAAUAUCUAAUAGAUAGUCAUCACAAAAGCAAGCUUGACUAUAAGGCCGCUUGCCAAACAAUCAAUUAAAAGCUCGUCAAUGUAUUCAUUGACAGCCCUGGUUCCAAGGCACUAUGAUCGUAUGUGAAUGAAGCGGGGUAUGGAUAUACACCACACGACAACAAAGUAGGGAAGAUACUAAAAAACUCUGUAGAAUACUUUGUUGGCUACAAUAAUAAUUCGUAAC